AUUCAUACUGAUGCUAAAGAGUAGGGAGCAGGAAGAGGGCGGGGAGGUUGUAAGGAGGCCAACGUGUGCUAUGGGGUGGCUGAUGCAAUGACCAGCUAAUGGCUUGAUUCUCGAGAGGGUUUCACUGGUCUCCACCCGCACCCUCCGCAACCCACCCCUGAUUGGACAGUCUCAUCAAAGAGAUUGGUCAAGAGGCUCUAGCGUUUCUGAGAAACUGGGUGAUUUGUAAGAAACUCCUACAUGCAAGUAGUGAAAGAUGAGAUAAACAGGGGGGAAAAAAAGAGAAGAGCCUUUCCUAAAAAGGCAACUGAAAGAAAGAGAAGCUAUUAAAGAAGAGCUCUGGCUGCACAGGGCAGUCUCAGCUACUCAACUGCCCAGCGUGACCAGUGGCCACCCCUGCAGUGUCUCCUACAACUUGGGCUUGGCUGGACCACUGAGCAAACCUCCCAGCUCCCUAGCCCACUGCGAGCGUAGGUCCUCGAAGAUGGCAGACGUGCCCGACGGCGAGCAGGGAUGUGGCUCUCCGCUGGAACUGUUCAACAGCAUAGCUGCUCAGGGGCAGCUUGUGAGGUCCCUCAAAGCCGGAAGCGCAUCCAAGGAUGAAAUUGAUUCUGCAGUGAAGUUGUUGUUAGCCUUAAAAAUGAGCUACAAAACUGCCACAGGGGAGGAUUACAAGGCUGACUGCCCUCCAGGGAACCCAGCCCCUGGGGGCGAUUGCAGCCUAGAUGCCACUGAAGAAGGAGAGGAUUUUGUGGACCCAUGGACGGUACAGACAAGCAGUGCAAAAGGCAUUGACUAUGACAAGCUCAUUGUUCGGUUUGGAAGCAGUAAAAUUGACAAGGAGCUGAUCGACCGAAUAGAGAGAGCCAUUGGCCAGAAGCCACACCGCUUCCUGCGCAGGGGGAUCUUCUUCUCACACAGGGAUAUGAGUCAAAUUCUUGAUGCCUAUGAAAAUAAGAAGCCAUUUUACCUGUAUACGGGCAGGGGCCCCUCCUCCGAAGCGAUGCACGUAGGCCACCUCAUCCCAUUCAUCUUCACAAAGUGGCUGCAGGACGUGUUUAACGUACCCUUGGUCAUCCAGAUGACCGACGACGAGAAGUACCUGUGGAAGGACCUGACCCUGGACCAGGCCUACGGCUACGCCGUGGAGAACGCCAAGGACAUCAUCGCCUGCGGCUUCGACAUCAACAAGACUUUCAUCUUCUCCGACCUGGACUACAUGGGGAUGAGCCCAGGCUUCUACAAGAAUGUGGUGAAGAUUCAGAAGCACGUUACCUUCAACCAAGUGAAAGGCAUCUUCGGCUUCAGUGACAGUGACUGCAUCGGGAAGAUCAGCUUUCCUGCCAUCCAGGCCGCCCCCUCCUUCAGCAACUCGUUCCCUCAGAUCUUCCGAGACCAGACAGAUGUGCAGUGCCUCAUCCCGUGUGCCAUUGACCAGGACCCUUACUUCCGGAUGACCAGGGACGUGGCCCCCAGGAUCGGCUACCCGAAGCCCGCCCUGCUGCACUCGACCUUCUUCCCUGCCCUGCAGGGUGCCCAGACCAAGAUGAGUGCCAGCGACCCCAACUCCUCCAUCUUCCUCACCGACACAGCCAAGCAGAUCAAGACCAAGGUCAACAAGCACGCAUUUUCCGGAGGCAGAGACACCGUUGAGGAGCACCGGCAGCUUGGGGGCAACUGUGACGUGGAUGUGUCCUUCAUGUACCUGACCUUCUUCCUCGAGGACGAUGACAAGCUGGAGCAGAUCCGGAAGGAUUAUACCAGCGGGGCCCUGCUCACCGGUGAGCUCAAGAAGACACUCAUUGAGGUCCUGCAGCCCUUGAUUGCCGAGCACCAGGCCCGACGCAAGGAGGUCACAGACGAGAUCGUGAAGGAGUUCAUGACUCCCCGGAAGCUGUCCUACGACUUCCAGUAACGCCCCUUUUAUAUACACGUGCUGAGAGAUGUAAUUUACCAGUCAUCCCAGCCCAGCCAAAUCAGCACUACCCUUAGGCUCUGUCGCACGGUAAUUACUGGCCUGGUGUCUCUAAGCCCUGUGUAUGUACCAGUACUGUUUCUUCUGCUGAAUGUCAUUGUCGGUCUCGUGUGAGCAUAACCCCAUGGGGGGGAGUGGGUGCCAGGGGAUACUGCAUGGUCGCGCAGACAAGUCCAGCUGGAGUCUCUCCCACAAAUCAGCUGCAGGGAUGUGGAGCCUUGGGCUAGGUGUCCACUGGCCAGACUGCUCUGGUCCAUAGGAUGACAGCUAUUUGAAAGCAUCCUACAGUUUCAAAUAGACUCUUAAACCUGCUCUAUAAAAGAAUACAUAGUCUACAUGUACAGACCUAGAGUCAAAAUGUCAUGACCAUAAAACCGGAAAAAAAAAGUUUUGAAAAGUUGAUGUGGCAAAGUUUAAUGAGCACAAGAUGUAUUUCAGCCCCUGCCCCACCCCCCAAAAUUAAAAAUUGCUAGCUAAAAGCUCUGCUGUACUUCUGACUGUGAGAGAUCUCUGCUCGAAAGCUGCCUUUAACGUUGAAUACUGGCCAGAGUUGACCAGUUGUUAUUAAAUUGAGUCUUUUGUGGGUGAAACUUCCCAGUUUACUAAGCGCCAGACCAUGCACGCACUCUACUCCAGAAAUCACGCUCUUUUCCCCAAAUGUACUAAUACUAUGUUUCCACCAAGUGAUCCUAGACACUCCGUACUGAAAACCGGUGGCCGCUUUGCUCCAAUUGUGCCAGGUGCUGCGGGGACUCUGUUGCCUUUGCAGAUGCUUUUGUUUUGAUGCUCGACUGACAUGGAAGUCUAUAGAGCAGAGCCCUGCCUGUGUCCCCAGACAGGUGGACGCAGCUAGACAGCGUGCAGUGGCCCCAAGGCCUUUUGUGGCGUGUCCAACGGAGGCCCGUUUGAACGUGCGCCCUGUGUAGUUUGGGGAAAGCAGAAGACAUCUCAGGGAAUGCCCUUGGUUGAAGUGUCUGCCCUUUCUGGAGGCGCAGGGCCCACUCCUGACUGCUCUACUCCAGUCUUGCUCACAACAAAUAAACUCCCCUUGGUCCCA